AUGCCAACAACUCUUGACCUUGCCCAUUUACUCUCUUCCACUUCUCAUGAAGAUUUCUCAGGGAGAAGAGCUUUAUCAGACGUUUCGUUGAGCGUGAUCAAAGCGAGGAGGAUUGUGGUAGUUAGUGGAGCUGGAAUAAGUUGUUCUAGUGGUAUACCCGACUUCCGUUCCCCACAAGGACUCUAUUCCCUCGUGAAAGCUAAAUAUCCCGAUCAAGUAGUAUCAGGCAAAGAAUUAUUCUCAUCUUCCCUAUUUCUCAACCCUUCAACAUCUUCAAUCUUUUACACUUUCAUAGCUGAAUUAUCACUUCAAUGUCAAGCUGCUCAACCUACCAAAACCCAUCAUUUCAUCGCUCGAUUAGAAACGAAAGGAAAGUUAUUGAGAUCUUACACUCAGAACGUUGAUGGAUUAGAAAGACGAUUAGGUUUAGAAAGUGGAGGAAGAGGGAAAGGUUUGAAAAAGAAAGAAACUAAGAAUGUUGAGUUACAUGGGGAUUUAGGAAGGGUUAGAUGUGUUGUUUGUUGGAAAGAUUAUGAAACGAGGGAAGAAUGGGUGAAAAUGUUCAGAGAUGGUGAUGCACCGGAUUGUCCAACUUGUCAAGAUAGAUGUGAAGAAAGAAUAUCUCGAAACGCUCGUUUAACACCUAUCGGUACUCUACGUCCAAGUAUAGUACUCUACGACGAACCUCAUCCUCUCGGUGAUGAUAUCGGUCAAUUACAAACAUACGACAUGUCUCGUUCCCCAGAUUUAUUACUCAUCAUGGGUACUUCUCUCAAAGUUCACGGUCUCAAAAGAUUAGUGAAAGAAUUCGCAAAGGUAGUUCAUGGGAGAAAUGGGAAAGUGAUAUUUAUCAAUCAGACCGCUCCGAGUAAGGAAUGGCAAGGUAUCAUAGAUGUACAUAUUCAAGGAGAAACGGAUAAAUGGGUUCAGAAAGUGGAAGAAGAGUGGAAAAAGAUUCGACCGGGUGAUUGGGAGAUGCAAAUGAAUUUGGAUGGAGAGGUUGUU